AUGUCCACCAAAACCGUCAUCCGGAGUCAAACCAGCCACCGUGGCUUCAGUGCGGGCUCAGCCAGACUGCCUGGGCUCACCCGCUCUGGCUUCAGCAGUGUGUCUGUGUGCCGCUCCAGGGGCAGCGGUGGCUCCCGUGCAGUGUGUGGAGGAGCUGGCUUUGGCAGCAGGAGUCUCUGUGGUGUGGGCAGCUCCCAGAGGAUCUCCGUCGGAGGCGGCAGCUGUGGCAUUGGAGGAGGCUAUGGCGGCCGAUUCGGAGGAAGCUUUGGCUAUGGAGGAGGAGUUGGGGGUAGCUUUGGCUUUGGUGCUGGAGCUGGCUUUGGUGGUGGAGCUGGCUUUGGUGGUGGCUAUGGGGGAGCUGGCUUCCCAGUUUGCCCACCUGGAGGCAUCCAAGAGGUCACCAUCAACCAGAGCCUCCUCGCACCCAUGAACCUGCAAAUCGACCCCACCAUCCAGCGGGUCAGGACUGAGGAGAGGGAGCAGAUCAAGACCCUCAACAACAAGUUUGCCUCCUUCAUCGACAAGGUACGGUUCCUGGAGCAGCAGAACAAGGUCCUGGACACCAAGUGGGCCCUGCUGCAGGAGCAGGGGACCAAGACCGUGAGACAAAACCUGGAGCCUUUGUUUGAGCAAUACAUCAGCAACCUCCGCAGAACGCUGGACAGCAUCGUUGGAGAGAGGGGUCGCCUGGACUCAGAACUGAGGAACAUGCAAGACACAGUGGAGGACUACAAGAGCAAGUAUGAGGAUGAAAUCAAUAGGCGCACAGCAGCAGAGAAUGAAUUUGUGACCCUGAAGAAGGAUGUAGACGCUGCCUACAUGAACAAGGUUGAACUGCAAGCCAAGGCAGACAGCCUGACAGAUGAGAUCAACUUCCUGAGAACUCUCUAUGAAGCAGAACUGUCUCAGAUGCAAACCCACAUCUCAGACACAUCUGUGGUCCUCUCCAUGGACAACAACCGCAGCCUGGAUCUGGACAGCAUCAUUGCUGAGGUCAAGGCCCAGUAUGAGGAAAUUGCAAAGAGAAGUCGGGCUGAGGCUGAGUCCUGGUACCAGACAAAAUAUGAGGAGCUGCAGAUCACAGCUGGCAGACACGGGGACGACCUGCGCAACACCAAGCAGGAGAUCUCUGAGCUCAACCGCAUGAUCCAGAGGCUGAGAUCUGAGAUUGACCACGUGAAGAAGCAGUGUGCCAACCUGCAAGCUGCCAUUGCUGAGGCUGAGCAGCGUGGGGAGAUGGCCCUGAAGGAUGCCAGGGGCAAGCUGGAAGGGCUGGAGGACGCCCUGCAGAAGGCCAAGCAGGACAUGGCCAGGCUGCUGAAGGAGUACCAGGACCUCAUGAAUGUCAAGCUGGCCCUUGAUGUGGAGAUCGCCACCUACAGGACGUUGCUGGAAGGGGAGGAGUGCAGGUUGAAUGGUGAGGGCGUUGGACCAGUCAACAUCUCUGUGGUGCAGUCCACCGUGUCCAGCGGCUAUGGCAGUGCAGGUGGUGCCAGCAGCAGCAUAGGCCUGGGAGGAGGCAGCAGCUUCUCCUAUGGUGGUAGCCACAGCAUUGGAGGCGGCUUCAGUGCUGGCAGUGGCAGAGGCAUCAGCAGUGGACUCAGCUCCUCCGGUGGCAGCUCUUCCACCAUCAAGUACACCACCACCUCCUCCACCAGGAAGAGCUACAGGCCAUGA